UCGCUGGGCUCGGAGAGGCGGCGCAGAGCAUCCGCGACGCACGCUACGCGGGUCACGCAGCGGGAGCGAAGGCGAGGGUAGGACGUGUCUUGUACCACGCCUAGGGAGACGCUGUCGCGCCAGCGCUGAGCGGCAGAGCAAGCAAAUCCGUUCGUCUAAGCGACGUUACACGGAGAAGGAAAUAGCCACGCAGUUAUUUCACCCUCGCUCUGGUGCGGGCGCGCGUCGCGUAGCAGCCGAGCUGCGCGGAUGAAGCAACGGUGUUGUGCGCGCGAUAGCGAGCAGUCGAAUCGCUUCGCCGGCUUCGGCCGGCCGAGAAGUGAAACUGGUGCUGUAGGCUGGAUUGUGCACGUAGUACAGCGAUGUUACUUCUUGAAGCUUCCGUGGUGCGCGUGAUGGCUUUGCUUCUCUCGGGGAACUGAUGCGUCGGGAGCAGCGGAUCGACCAGCCCGGGCCUUCUUCUUCGUCGUCGGCGGCUUCGGUGGCGUCCUCUUCCGAGCAGCGGCGGAGCAUCGCCGGAGCCCGUCGUGGUGACGCCGGACUUCUCCAUGCCGCCGCUGGGCGCUUCGCAGCGACGACGACUCGAAGGAUUCCACGAUGUGGUCCUUGAGGAAACGGCGAUUCGCUCGAUUCGCGGCCGCUGGCGUGACCGCGGUCACGGUGCUCGCCAGCCUGGCUCACUUUUCCAGCAGCGCAACGCGGAUCCAUGACAGUCGGGCGGUCGCUACGCGGCGCCAGUCGUCGGCCUACCCACCACCCGUACCACUGCCGUCCCAGGCAGCGGGCUACAAGGAGUCUCAGCAGCAGCCGCUACAUCGACGAACAUUCCCCGGCAGCCGUGUCUACAGCCAGCCCUUUGAGUACCUCGUCAACCAGGAGCGACUGUGCCGCGGCAACCGCACGGACAAGCAUGGGCACCGCAUCGACUAUUUAUUCCUCAUAUCCUCCGCGAUGGGCAACGUCGACCGACGCAAUGCCAUUCGAGGCACCUGGGGCCGCGACGUCCUCGCGUUCACCGGCAACCGUCUGGCCUUCCUGCUGGGCGCUGGCAGCGACUCGAGGCUCCAGUCGGCCGUCGAGAGCGAGGCCUCGGUGCACGGUGACGUCAUUCAGGAGGCGUUCUUCGACUCGUACCGCAACGUUACGCUCAAGUCCAUCAUGAUGCUCCGGUGGACGACGCAAUUCUGCCCCGGCGCUCGGUUCGUGGUCAAAGUGGAUGACGACACGUACCUGAAUGCAGGAAACUUCUUCGCUGCUAUGCAGUCCCGCUCCGCAGACGCAAUCUACGGCAAGUUGUACCGAAUGAGCCAGCCCAUUCGUGACCGGACCAACAAGUGGUACGUGACGUCCGACGAGUACCCGCGCGACACUUAUCCGGACUACGUCGGUGGUUCGGCCUACGUCAUUGGAGGCGACGUCAUCGAUGCGCUGUACCGGGCCACGGGACAUGUGAAGCCGUUCCCGAUCGAGGACGCCUACAUCACCGGUUCGUGUGCCGAGAGCAUCGGCGCGCGUCGCGUCCAAGUCGAAGGGUUCAACUCGCUGCGCAUCGAAUCCGUUUGCGAGGUGAAGAGGGCGGUGACCGCACACUACACGACCGCCAAGGAGAUGUUCGCCUUGCGUGAUCAGCUACAGAACACCGAGUUUGUGUGUCAGCGGCUCUUGUUCGACUUCGCCUACUUCUGUUACUGUCGCAAGUCGUCUGCCGUCACGUGACGGCGAGGCGAUGGCGACGCUGUUGUGUGUUGUUAUUUUCAUACAACGCUUCCCUCUUCUCGGUUUCGUUUACGAGUUCGGUGGCUGUUCCAGCGCCGAUGGCUGUUUCGGCGCCGCGGUUGAUAGUUACAGCGGCCCAUCGAUCACUGCUAGUUGUGUCACAAGACGCUCAUUCCGAGCGACAUCUCACGAACCUGCCAAGAAUUCUCGUGAUGCGCGUCGCUGCACACUCACCGGGCAUCACGCACUGGACACGGCUGGGCGAUAUCGAUUGAAUGCAGUCGUACAGCUGAUUUUCUGCAUCUCAUGUUUAUGUGAUCUUAAGAAUCCAUCCCCAGUGUCGGGAUUGUUUUCGUUAUUUUAUUUUGCGCCGUCUCAUGAUGUUUACUUGGCGCAAUUUAUAGUGAAUUGUCCGUUUCUUCCUAUUAUGCUUAGGAAGGCGUUUUGUAUGCAAGUGUGCGCUUCCAGAUCGUUCACCGUCCGAGCAAUUUGCCUGUUUUGCGUGCUGUGUUGUUUCAAAGUAUAACGCCGUAUACCACAACUCCGUGGCGAUUACGGCGUUCCAUGCCGCUAAGUACGCAAUCACUCAUUUGCGUGAGACGGAACGUUCUCACACCAGUAUACCUAGGGACCAGAAAUGUUCCGUCGAUCUACAACAUCAUUAUUUUUUGUUAAUGGAAACUGAUACCCCGAAAAUACUUUUUCGAGGCGUCGAUCGACAGCACAGACCAAGACAAAAACAGUCAUCUCGCAAGCACGUUACAUGCGAAACGUUUUCAUUUAACUUCAGUGGAAUGUAAGUUGCUUCGGAAAGUUACGAAGGAGAUGACAUAACAGGUGGUGCGUAAACUCGCAAAGGCUCAUGGUACGCGUCUGCUCUGCGCCUCCGGUUCAACGGAUGACUGUUCCGGUGCACGAUUUUCCGUUCGCGGGGCCGCUCGCGCUUGCUCUCUGUGCAUCGUCAUCGUAAGGUAUUGUCCAUGCUGCUGAUUUCUAGAGCCUGUGCUGGUCGCAUCGAUGACCAACCACGAAAUCUGAGCAUAGGCGGUCAUUUAAAAUAAUUCUCUUCAGUCGAAUUGUUCGAACACGUGAAUUACCUAUAUGCGUGCUGUCGCAGUUUCGCGCUUAUCUUUUGCAUCUCUUGCAUCGUGCAUCUGUUUAACCGGAAGCGCUGAGCAGACAACGCGUCCCAUGAGUCUUUGCGAGUUUACGCCUCAACUAUUUUGCCCUGUGGUGCUGGGAACUAAAAAGUGUUUUUCGUACCCGGCACAACCAGCCGGCGCGAUUGUCACAAUGUAAUGUCUGUGCUGUUUUCUUAAUUUGUGCGGUGGAGUUUUGUUUUUGUGGAGUGCAAAGCAUGAACAUACCUGUACCUUCUUUUUUAAUUAUUAUUAUUUCGUGUAACUUCAAAUACCCACUGAUUCGGGCGCUUGAAUCGCGAUGCAACGACAUAGCUACUUAUUCUCGUAGGUGUCUUUGCGGUUGUGACAGAGGAAUAGCUUCGAAAAAAAAAAACGUUUGGUUGUGAAGUCGACCUUACAUUGUGAUUUUAUUACUGUUCUUAUUUCACCGUUGAACGGGAAAAUCCUACGCAGUUUAGUAGGUUCAGUCAGUGCUGAAAUUUACGUGAUGCGUAUUCGUUUGCAUAUUGAAUACGUGUGGCAUAACAUUCAUAGUUUGUUUUUUUUUAGUAAACAUCAGCGCAGCCUAAGAUAUUGAUAGUCAAUGAAGCACACCAAUGUAUGAAUGGCUUAGUUAUAGAACACUAGCAUAUAUACAAAAUGUCACUAGUGAAAGAGUCUGUACACGCAGAUAUAGCAUUUCGUGACCACCUUUAUAGUGUUCUGACAUGAUGUUCAUAGAAAACAGGUUGGGCUGGAUAGAAUCUCCGAGAAAUGUUGUAGGUCGAACACCGAUGUUUGCCCAUGUUCCUGUCAGGUGAUGAAGAGGGCCUAAGACCAUUGUCUGUGUCUGUUAUUUGUUAUGGUUACAACACAAGGACAGUACUACCUGUUAAAAGCGCGAACAUCGAGAAAGUUAAAAUUUUACAAGUCCUUCCAUCGACUUGUGCCACUAUGGGCAUCUUUUUCACAGACCAGUGCCAAAAGUUUUAUUUGUGCCAGUGCUUCAAACGUAAAAAGAAAUGCAAGUAUGUUCUUUUAUUUCGCCUGGUGAGUUGCCUGAAGAAUUAUUAUUUCACUGACAAUAAAGGUAAUAUGAUGCUGUUCAAA